AUGCGAAGCGCGUCUGCGAGUCUCGAGAGGGAGGAAGAAGAUCACGGAGUGCAGCUCAAGACGUCGCAAAGGCAGAUUAAAGCUUGUCACAGUCACAGUGCUGGUCGCAGACUACGAACAAACGACGUUAGGAACCACAAGAGAGCAAGACGAGAUGGGGCAGACUGCCGACAAGAUGCCAUAGUGGUUGGCUUACGGUACGCGGGAGCGAUUAUACCGAACCCUCUACUUUAUACGAUCAAGACCACCCUUGAUAUUAUAGAACGCUAUGUGGCAGAGAUGGUGGAUGAAAGCUGGCAUGGAUUUGCAGGUUAG